AUGCUAUUGGAAUCUUGCUGGACAGCCCUUGUCCAUUUCUUUAGCUUCCAAUCUUUGUUCUCGUUCCAGCAGUAUCCGCUUUCACCUGAUGGAAGUCUAGAAAGGCCAGUCCCACCUAAUGGCGGACACGAAUACGCACUUCCACCAGAUAACGGACUUGAAUUCGAGCCCUUGGAUACCAAGACCAAAAAGUUUCAGUGCGUGUAUCCAGGGCUUGGUCAUUACUUCGAUCCACCAUCCGAGAAGGAUAGGACUGUUUGGCUAAAACACAAACAUAAUCCUGAUAAGGACGUCUCAAUCCAUACGAACUAUGAGGAUUAUGCACCUGUGGGGAUAGAUCGACAUAACGCGCAGGUCUUUGUCUCCGUGAAGAAUGAUACGACUAGCCCCAAAAACCUUGAUGGUCGCGAAUAUAGGCAGGGAAAGUACUUUGACAUGAAGUACCCUGGGACACCUAUUGAGGCUUGUUGGGGCGACACUGUCUUUGUUCACGUCACGAACGAACUGCAAGAGAAUGGAACUGCUAUUCAUAUGCAUGGAAUCCGCAUGUUGAACGACAGUCUUGCAGAUGGCGUGCCAGGUGUCACUCAGUGCCCGAUUGCUCCUGGAGAGACGCAUACAUACAAGUUCCGUGCGGUCCAGUAUGGCACGACGUGGUAUCACAGCCAUUACAGUCUCCAAUACACGGAUGGCCUCCUUGGUCCAUUGACUAUCUAUGGGCCUGCGUCUACCCCGCAAUACGAUGAAGCUAUGGAGCCCAUCAUAAUAGCUGACCACAAUGAUCGAAGUGCCUUCGAGGAUUGGAAUUGGGGUGUUGUUGAAGGGCAUGCCAAGGGGCCAAUCAAGAUGGAUAGCAUCCUUAUUAAUGGCAUCGGUAGCUAUCAGGGCCAGCAUCCAGAGAGACGUUUCAGGACGAAGGUCGAUCCAGGCAAGCGCAUUCUUCUCCGACUUAUCAAUGCGUCAACGGAUACGGCCUACAUUUUCAGCAUCGAUGAACAUGAGUUGGAGAUUAUUGGGGCAGACUUGGUGCCAGUGAGACCGUACAAGAAAACUCAUCUAUAUAUUGGAAUCGUAGGCCAGCGGUACCACGUCAUAUUACAAACGAAGCACAGGCAUCAUAGACCAAAUUACUGGAUUCGAACCGAGCCAGCCGAACAUUGUCAGAAUUUUGGUUGUCCGCAAAAUGAAAGACAGGGUAUUCUCGUAUACCGUGAAAAGUACCCGUUUGAUCCGACCUCGGGGAAGCAUCUAUACAGCACUCAGUGCCAGGAUGAAAACCACACAAAGCUAGAGCCGGCUUUCCGCAUUGAUGUACCAAAGCCGGUGCCAUCAGAAUUGCACAAAGUCAGGUUGCCGAUCAAGGUGAAAAAGGCUAACAUGACGCUCCCAGCCGAGCCCGAGAACAAUAUCGGAGCAGGGCCCAAUAUCUCAGCUUGGAAGGUUAUGGAUGCCCCUGCCUGGGUUAACUACCAGGAACCCACCAUCAAGCACAUCAACACAACAGUUUGGCCAGCAAAUGCUGCCUUGAUGGAGGUUAAGAAAAACAGAGAUCAAAACAAACCGACAUGGGCCUACAUGGUGAUAGAUGGUGGGCAUCAACCGAAGGAUCCAAACGUGCCAAAAGGAAAAGAUAUCAUUCCUGCAGCACACCCUAUGCAUCUCCACGGUCAUGAUUUCGCGCUCCUAAAACAGUCGUAUGAGCCCCUCAACGAUAAGAUGUUUGGGGAUGACAAGACUCCUGCGAAUGAAGACCAGAUCAAUGAGUUCAUAAAUACUUUCAACGUGACAAAUCCGCCGCGUCGCGAUGUUAUUUUGCUUCCCCGUGAUGGGUACGUUGUACUCGCAUUCAAGAUCCUUGAAGAUAAGCAUCGGCUUGCCCGCGGGAUCCAUGGCGGAGGGGCCACCCAUGCAUAUGAGCAGUUGCUUAAAGGCUGCUCAACCUGGAAAAACUGGUAUUCUAGUCAUACCCCGUUCCCCCAUCGCUUCCAGGAUGAUUCGGGAGUCUGA